CAGCAGCGAUUUAUUCAAAAGGCCACUCUGCAAACCCGUCCUGGGCUCCGGGCCUGGGGGAUCCGGGCGAGGGAGCCCUGUCCUCGCCCCCCAGUGGGCGGGGCCGGUCUGAGCAGGGUCUCUCCGCGCUCGCCCCACUGACGGCGGAGCGAGUCCCUCCCUCCAGGCGCGGGGCGAGGCGCAUGCGCAGUGCGGAAGCCUCGCCGGAGCCGCGGUGCUAGAGGCCUGUCACUUCUUCCUGGUGCUCCUUCCUCCCCGGAGCAGGAGCCCCUCUCUCUAGGGUCCCCGCGGGGCUGUGACCCGGCCCUCCGCAGCUGGGAAGAGUACUCGAUUGUGGAAACCUUGGAUCACUACAGUUGUAUAUCCAUUCUAUUCUUUUGUGUUACAGGUUGAAACUUGUAUGGCAGUCAUUUAUAUGGAUCUGUGAUGGAUCUAUAACUAUGUCCCAAGUCAAGCCAAAGUCAUUUUGAGCAUCCUCUUCUGAAUGUGAAGAGAGAAAUGUUCCAUCGUCUUCUCAAAAUCGAGCUGUAAUCUGUCCCUAUAAACUUAAAAAUGGGAUCCAGGGAGCAGGGAUGGAUGAGCUGGUGUCCAUGGAUGUAACUUAACAAGAAGGAACAUUUUGAACAGUGAAGUUGCAAGAUCUUACCGAUCAAUACAACUGGAACCAUGUUGUGCUGGGGAAAUGCAUCCUUUGGACAGCUUGGAUUGGGUGGAAUUGAUGAAGAGAUUGUAUUAGAACCCAGAAAAAGUGACUUUUUCCUAAAUAAAAAGGUCCAAGAUGUAGGAUGUGGACUCAGACACACUGUUUUUGUCCUGGAUGAUGGGACUGUGUAUACAUGUGGAUGUAAUGAUCUAGGACAAUUAGGGCAUGAAAAAUCCAGAAAGAGACCAGAGCAUGUUGGUGCCUUGGAUGCCCAAAAUAUUGUGUCUGUUUCAUGUGGAGAAGCCCACACACUAGCAUUAAAUGACAAGGGCCAAGUGUAUGCUUGGGGUCUUGCUACUGAUGGACAGCUUGGCUUGCCUGGAACAGAGGAAUGUAUCAGAAUACCCAGAAAUAUCAAAAGCUUAUCAGAUAUCCAAAUAAUGCAAGUUGCCUGUGGCUACUGUCACUCACUUGCACUCUCAAAAGGCAGUGAAGUUUAUUCCUGGGGACAGAAUAAAUAUGGCCAACUGGGUAUAGGUUAUGAAUUUAAAAAGCAGACUUCACCUCAACUGAUUAAAUCUUUACUGGGAAUCCCUUUUGCACAAAUUGCAGCAGGAGGAGCACAUAGUUUUGUACUAACUCUUUCUGGAGCCAUUUUUGGAUGGGGACGCAACAAAUUUGGUCAGCUUGGUCUUAAUGAUGAAAAUGACAGGUAUGUUCCUAAUCUGCUGAAGUCCCUAAGAUCUCAGAAAAUUAUUCACAUCUGUUGUGGAGAAGAUCAUACAGCUGCUCUUACAAAGGAAGGUGGGGUUUUUACAUUUGGAGCUGGAGGCUAUGGACAAUUGGGUCAUAACUCUACCAGCCAUGAGAUAAACCCAAGGAAAGUUUUUGAACUUAUGGGAAGCAUUGUCACACAGAUUGCUUGUGGGAGGCAGCACACUUCUGCAUUUGUUCCUUCAUCUGGAAGAAUUUACUCCUUUGGUCUUGGAGGUAAUGGACAGUUAGGAACAGGAUCAACCAGUAAUAGGAAAAGUCCCUUCACAGUAAAAGGAAACUGGAUUCCUUAUAGUGGACAGUACCCACCAAGCACAGACAGUGAAGAAUAUUAUUGUGUAAAGAGAAUUUUCUCUGGUGGAGAUCAGAGUUUUUCACACUACUUUAAUCCACAGAACAUGACGCCACCAGAUGACUUCAGGUGUCCUGACUCUUCAAAGCAGAUCUGGACUGUGAAUGAAGUAUUUAUUCAGAAACUGCUGACUUGUCCAUCUGGAAGACUUCCUGUGGAGAUAGCUGAUGAAAUAGAUGGAACAUUUUCUUCAGCUGGCUGCCUAAAUGGGAGUUUUUUAGCUGUCAGUAAUGAUGAUCACUAUAGAACUAGUGCUCGAUUCUCGGGGGUUGAUAUGAACGCUGCUAGACUACUAUUUCACAAACUUAUAAGUCCUGACCAUCCUCGUAUAUCACAACAGGUUGCGGCUAGUUUGGAGAAGAACCUUAUUCCUAAAUUGACUACUUCCUUACCUGAUGUUGAAGCCCUACGGCUCUAUCUCACUUUGCCAGAAUGCCCACUGAUGAGUGAUGUGAACAAUUUUACAACAUUAGCUAUUCCUUUUGGAACAGCUGUUGUAAAUCUCGGAAAAGCUCCACUGAAAGUACUUGAAAACUGGUGGUCUAUACUUGAACCUCCAUUGUUCCUCAAGAUCGUGGAGCUGUACAAGGAUGUUGUGGUCCACCUCCUGAAAUUAUACAAGAUUGGUAUCCCCAAUUCUGAAAGAAGAAUCUUUACCAGUUUUCUACACACUUCUCUCAAAGUUCUGGAAAUUUUACAUAGGGUAAAUGAGAGAGGAGGACAAAUUAUACAGUAUGACAAAUUUUACAUUCAUGAAAUACAAGACUUGAUAGACAUCAGAAAUGACUACAUCAACUGGAUCCAGCAGCAGGCAUAUGGAAUGGACAUCAACCAUGGAUUAACUGAGCUAACAGACAAUCCAGUUACAAUUUGCACAUACCCUUUCGUGUUCGAUGCACAGGCAAAAACUACGCUCUUGCAAACAGAUGCUGUCUUACAAAUGCAGAUGGCUGUUGACCAGGCUCACAGACAGAAUUUCUCAUCUAUUUUUCUCCCUGUAUUUGAAUCUGUCAAUCCUUGUCUAAUAUUAGUGGUGCGCAGAGACAAUAUUGUAGGAGAUGCUAUGGAAGUCCUAAGGAAAACGAAGAAUGUAGAUUACAAGAAACCACUCAAGGUUAUUUUCGUAGGGGAAGAAGCUGUUGAUGCAGGAGGUGUUCGCAAAGAAUUUUUCUUGCUCAUCAUGAGAGAGUUGCUUGAUCCCAAAUAUGGAAUGUUUAGGUACUAUGAAGAGUCCAGGCUCAUCUGGUUCUCUGACAAGACGUUUGAAGACAGUGACUUGUUCCAUUUGAUUGGUGUUGUCUGUGGGCUAGCAAUAUAUAAUUUUACUAUUGUAGACCUUCAGUUCCCAUUGGCUUUGUACAAGAAGCUGUUGAAUAAGAAGCCUUCCCUAGAUGACUUAAAAGAGUUAAUGCCUGAUGUUGGCAGAAGUAUGCAGCAGUUACUGGACUAUCCAGAAGAUGACAUAGAGGAGACAUUUUGUCUCAACUUUACGAUCACCGUGGAAAAUUUUGGAACAACAGAAGUAAAAGAGCUGAUUCCUAAAGGUGCCGACAUUCCUGUGGUCAAACAAAAUAGGCAAGAAUUUGUAGAUGCCUAUGUGGAUUACAUCUUCAGUAAAUCAGUGGCUUCCUUAUUUGAUGCAUUCCAUGCAGGCUUUCAUAAGGUGUGUGGUGGUAAAGUUCUUCAGCUCUUCCAGCCCAGUGAGCUGCAGGCGAUGGUGAUUGGGAACACAAAUUAUGAUUGGAAAGAACUGGAGAAGAAUACAGAAUAUAAAGGAGAAUAUUGGGCAGACCAUCCUACAAUUAAAAUAUUUUGGGAUGUUUUUCACGAGUUACCACUGGAAAAGAAAAAGCAGUUUCUGUUGUUUUUAACAGGCAGUGAUCGUAUUCCUAUUCUUGGAAUGAAGUGUCUUAAACUAGUCAUCCAGCCAACAGGAGGUGGAGAAGGGUAUCUUCCAGUAUCUCACACUUGCUUUAAUCUUCUUGAUCUUCCAAAAUACACAGACAAAGAAACCCUAAAAUCUAAGCUGAUCCAGGCAAUAGAUCACAAUGAAGGCUUCAGUUUAGUAUAACUUUAGAAAUGAGAUAUUGUAGUUGUUUAAUGUGGGAGCAUUAAACUAAUUCUUUGUAUCUUUUUUGUGAUGGUAAGUUCAGUGGACAAGUUGACAAUGUAACAACUGGUUAUUUACAAAAUGUUCAGUGAUACAAAUAUUAAUGGAAGGCCAAAAGUCCUUACAAAAAUGAACUGUUAAUACACAGCUUGUAUAGAACCACGUUUUUGUCAUAAAAUAAAAAUGAGACUGUGAAUGAGACUCAAGUUUCACAAACAUGAAUUUCAACACUUCACAUAUUAUAAAAACAAUUUAGCGUGUGAGUGCAUGAAAGACUUGCUUAAUUUUUUUCAAUCACAGAGUGAAAACACUUCCUAUUAUGAUAGUCCCAUUUGAUUAUUUUUCAUUUUGUAAAUAAAGCUUUGUAAUAAAAUAGUUUCAGUUCUGAUAGCAGUAUGGUUUCUAGUGUGUGUAAUUAAACUUGAACUUAUUUUAUGGCUUUUAACAAAAGAAGUGGGAUUCCGGAGAUGUCUUUUUCUGGUGGUGGGGUGUUUUUGUUUUUGAAAACUUAAUGAAAAUGAUGGUUGUAAUGAGCUGCCCUUUGAUGUACAGUCCAAUUUCCAUUGUGCAAUCACUUAUUCGUGCUGCUGCAAAACUGCACAUUUGGCUUCUGUUAAGAUGGACGAGAAGACUCAAUAGGCCAUUUCAUUUUAUUACCGCUGGUAUAAUUAAAUUGAUAAAAUUAUAAGGGAUUAAUUUAGCAUUGGGAAUCCAACUUCUGCAGCUAUAGUUUAAAAACAUAAAUGAGGAGCAAGACAGUUCCUAUCAAGAGUUUAAACAUUUCAUUUUUAAAUCAAAGUGUAGUUUUUGGUCACCUUUUUCCAGCUAAAAUGCAUUUGAAAUACCCUUUUUGAAACUUCUUUUGAAUUUUAGUAUAAGUACUCUGAGAUGACUGUGCUUAAUGGAACGUAUUCAGAUUUGACCUUCCUGGUCUGGUUAAGUUCCAGCAUACUUAUGUCUUAUUGAUACAUAUGUGACUUUCACCUGUGAAACAAAUAUUUAUUUUUUUUUAGAUUUUUAAAAUGCAGUGAAAAGAAAGCUACAAUAAAAUACUUGAAUGAAA